AUGGUCGCUGUAAAAUCACGUUCUAAAUCUUUAAAAGAUACUGAAGUCACAAUCGACAACAACUCUACAUUAGAGACUGUUUUGGGGGCAAUCUCUAAGAACAACAAAGGUAUCAGUAAAUACAGAUUAAGAGUUUCAUAUUUGAAAGAAUCUAAACAAGUUCCUAUUACUGAAGAAUCAUUUUUCAAAGAUGGUAACAACAAUGAUAUUGAAUUGUUCGUGAAAGAUCUAGGUCCUCAAAUUUCAUGGCGUCUAGUCUUUGUUAUCGAGUAUUUUGGUCCAUUACUAGUUCAUGCAAUUGUAUAUUACCUAUCAUUAAACCCUAAAUUUAUGAGUAAAUAUGGUACUAGUAAAGUAAGUAAUGUUGACCCUGCUUUGAAUAAAAUUGCAUUCUUUAUGGUUAUGGGUCAUUAUUUGAAACGUGAAAUUGAAACGCUAUUUGUUCAUAAGUUUACUUUGGCUACUAUGCCCUUAUUCAACGUCUUUAAAAAUUCUUUCCAUUACUGGAUUUUAAAUGGGAUAAUCUCACUAGGUUAUCUAGGUUAUGGUUUCGUAGUUCCAAAUUGUUGUUAUGAAAAAGCUUUGAAUUAUGUUGGUUUAAACAAUUUGAACACCUUAGUAAGUCUAUUUAUCCUCAGUGAAGCAUGGAAUGCUUACAUCCAUAUCAGAUUAAGAAUAUUUGGUGAUCAACAAAGAAAGAUUGGUAACAAUACUAAACGUGUUCCAAUUUCGUCUGGUAUUUUUAAGAUUUUUGUUGCUCCAAAUUAUACUUUUGAAGUCUGGAGUUGGAUCUGGUUCGCUUUAGCCUUUAAAUUAAAUUUAUUUGCUGUUUUCUUUGUGACUGUAUCAGCUACUCAAAUGUACCUUUGGGCCAUGAAGAAGAACAGAAGAUACGGUACUAAGAGAUCCUUCAUUAUCCCAUUCAUCUUUUAA